GAAAAUACGCCACCCUUUUUUUCCAAGUGCCCAAACACUUGAAUGAUUCAAUUAAGCCGCAUCUUAGAUCUAAUUUGUUUGUGUAUCAAUUUCAAUCCAAUCCAUUAUUAAAUUCAAGUGUUUUGGCGAUUGACUUUUUGGUAUUUUUUGACACCUUAUUUUCAUUCGGGUGGCUCAAAAAUUACAAGUGUUUUGCUCAUGAAUUUGCCCCACUGCGUUGAACUAUUCAAAGUGAUGAGGAAAACACUUGAAAUUGAUCUUGUUUUGAUUUGAAAUGCAGGUUCGCGACAGCUUCAUGAGACUUUGCUUUGUUUCCUCAUUUGAAAGUUUUGGCCGUCCGGUGUGUUCGUUUUUCGCAGACCGCGUGAGUUCGCUGCCGCCAUGUUCCAGUCCAGUAAAUUGCCUGCCCGGAUUGUGACCGUGAAGAUGAGCAUCGCCACAAGACUGCGUCCUCGGGCUCGGGCUCCGUAUGGCCAGCGGAAGGGCUUGGUCUCCCGGAUUCCCUGGAUAGAAGCCAACUCUUAUGAUAAAGUUCCUUUCCGGACUAUUUGGAAGGAUGCGAAAGAGCUGCAGAUGCCGUACCAGGAAGCGGUGCCAGUGAGAAGCAAGAUUCGGAUGCAGGGGCCAAGCUAUGCGUCAUUCGGAUGGCCAAGGCACAGUUUGAGUCGAUGGAACCACCGCGGUUCCACCAAAGAGAAUUCCGCAUCAACAAGAAGAUUCUCCAGUGGCCUCCAUCUCCGCCGGCACCGGUGCUUCACUCGCCGACGCUGAGGAACCUCCCAGGAAGCAGUGGUGGUGUCGGGACAACCGGAUGAAAAAAAAUACAAAAUUUUUACACACCAAGUUGUUCUUGAAGUUAGAAAAUAAAAGCAGCCAAAAAAUUUAA